AUGAGCGCCGCCGAGGAGACCAAGCCUAUCGAGGCUGUUGCCGUCGAGGCGCCCGCCCAGGUCGAGGAGCCUGCAAAGAUCGAGGAGACUGCUAAGGAAGAGACCGAGGCCGAGGCCAAGCCUGUCGAGUCUCAGAAGAAGGAAGCCGAAAUCAUCAAGACGACCGCCCAAAUUGAUCAGAAGACGUACGCAAACAAUGUCAAGUUUGACGCUUCUCUCCUCAAGGAGACAGACGACCCUGUCGAGAUUCGCAAGCAGGUUGAGUUCUACCUGUCGGACAGCAACCUUCCCCACGAUAAGUUCCUGUGGGAGCUUGUUGGAGGAUUCGAUAACAAGCCCAUCCCCCUCAAGACUAUCACCAACUUCAAGCGCAUGCGUCGCUUCCAGCCCUACUCAUCUGUCGUCGCUGCGUUGAAGGAGAGCAAGCAGGUCGAUAUCGCCGGCGAGGAGGGCGACGAGACUAUUCAGCGCAAGCAGGCGUACACUUCUGGUAACGACAAGUUCAACGCCCGCUGCGUCUAUGUCAAGGGAUUCGGAGACGAGGAGCCCUCCACCCAAUUCGACCUCGAGGCCUUCUUCAACCAGUAUGGAACCAUCAACUCCGUCCGUCUCCGUCGCACCAACGAGAAGCUCUUCAAGGGCUCCGUCUUUGUCGAGUUCCCCAACGAGGAGGCGGCCCAGAAGUUCCUCGCCCUCGACCCCAAGCCCAAGUGGAAGGAUCACGACCUUAAGAUGAUGCCCAAGAUCGACUACGUUAAGGAGAAGUCUGCUCUGAUCCACGCUGGCAAGCUCGAGCCCAACUCUUCCCGCAGAUUCUUUGAGGGCAAGGAGGGCGAAGGCCGUGGUGGCCGCGGUGGUGGUCGCGGCAGAGGCGGCCGUGGUGGCAACUUUGGAAAGGACGACUGGAAGCAGCGCCGUGAUCACGACCAGAAGAACGGCUUCAGGGGUGGCCGCGGCGGACGCGGCGGACGCGGCCGUGGCCGUGGUGGUGACCGCCGGGGUGGACGCGAUAACCGCGACAACCGCGAGAACCGCAGGGACCCGAACGAGGUCACCAACGACCGCAACGCGUACGUAUCGCCGUAUCUGCCUAGCACGCGCGACAAUACUAACCCAAGUCAUAGUGCCAAGCCUACCAUCCAGGCUACGAACGGCAACGGUGAGGCCGUCGCGGAAGACAAGAACAGCAAUGGCAAGCGCGGACGCGAGGAGGACGGUGCCGCUCAGCCUGAGGCGAAGAAGGUCGACACCAAGGCCGACGUCGCCGCAUAG